AUGGCUGACGCGGACGACCUGAAGGUGGACGAUGUCGAGGAGGGGCCGGAGCCGGGAGCCGCCGGGGACGGAGGGCCGGAGCGGGCUCCGCCGGCGUACGGAGGUGCCCCGCCCGAGGAGCGCCCGGCCGAGGCGCCCGCCUCUCGGCCGCAGUCGGGGGCGGCGGGGGGCUCUCAGCCGUCCUCGGCCCGGGCGCGCGCCUCGGCCAAGCCGGAGCCGGAGCCGGCGCGCUCCGACCCGGAGAAGGGAGCCGCCGCGGAGCCGGUCGAGCCGCCGCCCGAGUGGGCAGAGAGGUGGCUCUCCAACCAGAACAAGGCCGACAAAAUGAACGCCUUCCGACAGUACAUCGAGCGAGUCCAGGACCAGGCUGAGGGCCCGGUGGCGAGCCCAUCAGCCGAGGAGCGGCACGCCUCCGCCUACUGGGUGACCAAUCGGUUCCUGCUGGACCGGUGCUCGGCGCACGGCGUGCCGCACAUCAUGCGCCAUCCGAGCCGAUGGCGGCGCCUCUUCUGGGCGCUGGUCGUGGUGGGCGCGCUGGUCGCGCUCGUGGUCCAGGUGCGCGCCACACUCAGCGAGUACCUCCGGUACCCCAAAAAGGUCACCAUCGAGAUUCUGGAAGAUAGCACUCCAGAGUUUCCGUCCGUCACUAUCUGCAAUUUCAACAUCCUCAGCUCUGAUAAAAUGUCGGAGCUGGACAAAUACAGAGAUAUCGUCAGCUUAGAACAGGACAUUGCAGACCAGGGAAUGGACUGUGGCGAAUACAUAUCUGAAUUCGAUGGCUAUUACUCGAAGAACGAUGCCUACGAGUACGACUACAUGUGGAUGUACGAGGACGGGGUGGAGCCGGGGUACGGGUCCGGGAUGGACUCGGAGUACGGAUCCGGGUCCGGGUCCGGGAUGGAGUCGGAGUCCGGGUCCGGGUCCGGGGACCCGUAUUCGACGUACGACACCACAGACGGGUAUGGAGGGUGUUAG